UACUUAAAGUCUAUGAUGUCAUGUAAUUAUCACAUCCGCAAUAACAGGAAGUCACAUGGCUGGGGGGCGUGUUGGCUCAAGUCUUUGUUUGGAGCUGCACAGCACAUCUCUGGGAGCUGCAUUCUUCUCCUGUCUCCUGGAAAUCUGCACAAGAUGGGAGCUGCUAGCAGUGUGCCAGUCUCCCCCCAGACCUCGGUAUCGUUCUCGCUAAACGGCCAUGCAGUCAUGGUGGAUAACCCCAGUCCCAGCCUCACGCUCAACCAAUGGCUACGCUCUCAGCCCGGCCUCACUGGUACUAAGAGGAUGUGUGCAGAGGGAGGCUGUGGAGCCUGUGUCGUGACAGCUACCAUGCCAGACCUUGUUACUAGUAGCAUCAAGACUGUCGCCAUUAACUCUUGUCUGUGUCCAUUGUACUCUGUUGAUGGGUGGAAUAUAACAACAGUGGAGGGCAUUGGAGACUCCAAGCAAGGGUUCCAUCCCAUCCAGUCCAAGGUGGCUGAACUGAAUGCCACUCAGUGUGGAUACUGCACUCCUGGCUUUGUCAUGUCCAUGUACAGUUUGCUCAAGGCCAACCCCAAGCCAACCAAACAAGAGAUAGAGGAUAACUUUGAUGGCAACCUGUGCCGCUGUACUGGCUAUCGUCCCAUCCUGGACGCCAUGAAGUCCUUCGCUGCAGAGGGAGCCACAGAUGAUGGCUUUGAGUGUCUGGAUAUUGAGGAGCUUUCUGGAGGGGGUUGCUGUAAGGGAAGGAGCUGUGGGGGGUUGAGGAGUGGGGGGGCACAAUGGUAUCGGCCUCUCUCACUCACUGAGCUAGCCAGUGUCUUCAGUGAGGCCACUCAGAGCAACAAGACCGUCAAGUUAGUGUGUGGAGAUACUGGAAGAGGUGUUUUCAAGGGUUCUGAGCAUUUUGAUGUGUACAUUGACGUCAAGGCUAUUCCUGAGCUGUACCAAGUAGAGGUGACUGCCGAGAGGAUGCGUGUGGGCGGUGCAGUGUCACUAUCGGCACUAAUAGCACAGUUAAUGUCCCACCAAACGCCCACCUUCCAAUCACUGGCCAAACAUCUCCUCAAGAUUGCCAAUGUGCCGGUCAGGAACGUUGGGUCUUGGGCUGGGAAUCUUAUGCUCACACGUAACCAUGACAACUUCCCCUCUGAUGUCUUCACUGUAAUGGCUGCCGCUGGAGCGACUUUGGCUGUUGGUUUCUCCACAGCUAGUUACACCACCAUCGAUCUGUGGGCCUUCUUGAAGCAGGACAUGAGUAAUGAGAUGAUACUGUUCAUGGAUAUUCCAGUUGGUGGAUCUGACAGUUUCUUCAGGAGCUACAAGAUCAUGCCCAGAGCAGAGAAUGCUCAUGCCUAUGUGAAUGCUGCGUUCUCAGCACAAGUGGACUCUGCUAAUAACUUCACUGUCAAAGCUCCUCCAAGACUUGUGUUUGGAGGUAUUGGAACUCACUCGGUGGAGGGAACCUCAACGGCUGCUUUCCUCAAUGGCAAGAGCUUAGUGGACCCCAACACACUCAAAGGUGCUCUUGAGGCUCUGAGCCAGGACCUAGUCCCUACCCCACACCCGGCGGCUGCCUCUGCUGACUACCGGAAGAACCUAGCUCUCGGAUUAUUCUACAAGUUCUACCUUGAGGUGAUCCCUGGACACUUGUCUCCAGUAGUAGCCUCUGCAGCUGUCCCGUAUGUCCGCCCGAUAUCGUCAGGGCAACAGAGCUAUUCGACGGACCCCACUGAGUACCCCAUCACUCAACCCAUGCCCAAGCUCACGGCUGCUCUUCAGGCGUCAGGUGAAGCCCAGUACACCUCGGACAUUCCUGCUCUACCCAACCAGCUGGGAGCAGCCUUCAUCCUCACCACUCAGGCUAAUGCCACAGUGACUGCCAUUGAGAGCAGCACAGCAGCCACCAUGCCAGGGUUUGUGCAGGUACUAACGGCUAAGGAUAUUCCAGGAAAGAACAGUUUUGUCCCCCCCAGCUCCAUCAUGACAGAAGAAUUAUUCCUUGAUCUGAAUGAAGUGUCACAGUACGCUGGCCAGGCUGUGGGGAUGGUCCUAGCUGACACUCAGGAACAAGCGGAUGAGAUUGCAUCAACAGUGACACUCCAGUACAAGAGUCAAGGAAAGCCCAUACUCCACUUGGAGGACGCUAUUCGCAGCAAUUCCUUCUUCACUAACCCUCCAAAGGGAACCACCACUGUCGGAGACCCCACUAGUGCCAUUCAGAGCUCAGAUCAUGUGAUAACUGGACAGAUCUCUUGUGGUAGUCAAUACCACUUCACUAUGGAGACCCAGACGGCUGUAGUGGUUCCCCAGGAGGAGGGCUACUCUGUGUUUAGUGCAACACAGUGGACCGAUAACGUGCAGAGUGCAGUGGCGGGUGUGCUAGGAGUGGGGGCAAGCUCUGUGGACGUCUCCGUCAAGAGAGUGGGAGGAGCUUACGGGUCAAAGAUUACACGAGCCAAUAUGAUUGCAGCUGGCUGUGCAGUGGGUGCUCAUGCAUCACGAAGGCCAGUGGGUAUGCACCUGGACCUGGACACUAACAUGAGGCUAUUGGGCAAGAGGUUCCCUUACCUAGCAACCUACCAGAUUGGGUUCAGCAAGGAUGGAAUGCUGAAUGGUAUCAAAGUGACAGUGUUCACUGAUUGUGGUUGGAACCCUAAUGAUCAUGCUCUCCCUGUUGUGACCUUCCAUAUUGACAAUGCCUACCAUUGCCCCAACUGGGAGAUCAUCACUAUAGCUUGCAAGACCAAUACUCCUGCAAACACAUCGUGUAGAUCACCAGGUACUCUGCCUGGUAUCUUUAUCAUGGAGAGUAUGAUUGAUCAUGUGGCCCGCUCCCAAGGGUUGGAUGUGGAGACAGUCAAGAGGGCCAAUCUCUACACUCAGGGACAAGUGACACCACUGGGAAUGAGUCUCAAGUACUGCACCAUCUCAUCUCUCUGGGACCAGCUCUACAAGAGUGCUGAUGUUGACAACAGAAAGACACAAGUGGUUGCUUACAACAAGGCCAAUCGCUGGCGUAAGCGUGGGCUGACGAUGAUGCCUCUGAGGUUUGGUAUAUCGUGGAACGGUGCACCAUACACAGUCCUGGUGAGUAUCUACGCUAGUGAUGGCACAGUGGCCAUAGUUCACGGUGGAGUGGAGAUGGGACAGGGAAUCAACACUAAAGUAGCUCAAGUGGCGGCUAAGAUGUUAGGAGUACCCAUUGGCUUUGUGAAGAUCAAGACCUCCAACUCCCUCACCAACCCGAAUGGCAUGGCCACUGGAGGCAGUAUUGGAAGUGAACUAAACUGUCUGGGUACCAAAAAUGCGUGUGGUGUUCUCAAUGGUAGGAUUCAGCCGAUACGCUCCAAGAACCCUGACCUCUCGUGGCCCGAUCUUGUUCAGAAGUGCUACGCCGAGGGCAUCGAUUUAUCAGCAAAAUUCUUUGUGUACGAGAAUACAGAGAGUGUGUAUGUGUACAAUACCUGGGGAGCGGCAGUGUCCGAGGUGGAGGUGGAUGUGCUGACGGGGCAGACACAGAUCCUGAGAGUGGAUAUACUCUAUGAUUGUGGAGAGAGCAUUAAUCCAGAGAUAGAUAUUGGACAAGUGGAGGGGGCCUUUGUGAUGGGCCUGGGUUACUGGCUCACUGAGAAGGUGGAGUGGGAUGACACCUCUGGUCAGCUUCUCACUCACAACACAUGGGAGUACAAACCACCCUCCUCCAAAGAUAUUCCUAUUGACUUUCGAGUGGAGCUCCUCAAGAAUGCCCCAAAUCCUGUUGGCAUCCUCAGCUCUAAAGCCUCUGGAGAACCCCCUCUGUGUAUGAGCUGCUCCUUGCUGUUUGCUGUCAAGAGAGCUAUUGAGAGUGCCAGAGAGGAUGCUGGUAACAAUGACGUAUUCCCUCUAGUGGGGCCAGCUACAGUGGACGCUAUUCAGACGGCCUGUCUGGUCAACUCAAGCCAGUUCACUCUCUAAACUAUUAGACUGCUGCCUUUAUUGUGUGGAACCAAUUAUUUUUAUAACAUGUGUU